AUGUCACUAGUCCUUAACUUAAGAGGUUCCGAAGAUCUUAUGAGCACAGGGGAAAGAUAUAUUAGGUCACUAUACUGGGGAUCUGCAACAGUUACAUCAACAGGUUAUGGUGAGCUUUCUGCUACAAACCUUGAAGAACGGUGGUUUGCUGUAUUAACCAUGCUGGCUGGGAUAUCCGUGUUCUUUGGCAUGUUAUUGGGUGGAUUGACUUCUAUGCUUACCAACUUGGACAGUCAGCGAGCCACAUAUGUACACAGGCUCCAGUCUGUCAUGGAUCAAAUGAAAGAGUUGCGGAUAGCUAAAGACCUCCAGAACCUUGUUUCGGGUUACUAUAACUACAUGUGGAUCAGUAAGAUGGGUGUACAACAAGAUGAUAUUUUUGCACAACUGCCACUUUGUCUUCAAGCGGAGGUUUCUCGUACAACCAACAGAAGUGUGCUGGAAAAGGCUUCCAUUUUCAAAGAUAUUGAUGAGGGAUUUUUGAGAAUGUUGUCGCUUAACAUCCACCAACAGCUGUACUUGCCAGGCCAGGUUAUCAUUAGCCGUGGCGACACUGCUCAUUCCUUGUUCUUUGUCCAUCGUGGAACAUUGGAGGUACUGUCAGAUAAAGACGACGAGACGCCAGUUGCUACACUCCGUGAGGGUAAAGUGUUUGGUGAGGUAAGCUUGAUUUUCUCCUUACCACGAUCAGCUACAGUAAGAGCUAUUACCCACUGUGAACUCAUGACCCUAGAAAAGGUUAAUGUUCAGAAAGUUCUCGAAUACUAUCCUGAAGGCUGCUGA